UUCUCCAUUUUGUGGCCCGCCAUGGCGGCGGUGUUAAGGUUGCGGCCGGGAUGCGGCGCCUUUGACUGAGGGGGUAGGCCAGGCGAGCCAUCGGGGACGUCGCGCGGAGCAGCAAAGGACCGGCCCGGACGUCGGGGACGCUGUCAUGUACGGCGCGGGCGGGGGCCGCGCCAAGCCCGAGAGGAAAGGCGGCGCGAAGGAGGAGGCCGGGCCCGGUGGCGCCGGCGGCGGGGGCAGCCGAGUGGAGCUGCUGGUGUUCGGCUAUGCCUGCAAGCUGUUCCGGGACGACGAGCGGGCCCUGGCCCAGGAGCAGGGACAGCACCUCAUCCCCUGGAUGGGGGACCACAAGCUCCUGAUCGACAGAUACGAUGGGCGUGGUCACCUGCAUGACCUCUCUGCGUAUGAUGCCGAGUAUGCCACUUGGAACCGAGACUACCAGCUAUCUGAAGAGGAGGCGCGGGUAGAGGCGCUGUGUGAUGAAGAGAGGUAUUUAGCCUUGCAUACGGACUUGCUUGAGGAGGAGGCAAGGCAAGAGGAAGAAUACAAGCGGCUGAGUGAGGCGCUGGCAGAGGAUGGGACCUACAGUGCCGUGGGUUUCACUUACGGCAGUGACUAUUACGACCCAUCCGAGCCAACGGAGGAGGAGGAGCCUUCAAAACAGAGAGAAAAAAGCGAGGCUGAAAAUUUGGAGGAAAAUGAAGAGCCUUUCAUCGCCCCUCUAGGACUGAACGUCCCAUCUGACGUGGAGUUGCCACCAACAGCCAAGAUGCAUGCCAUCAUCGAGCGUACAGCCAACUUUGUGUGCAAGCAGGGAGCACAGUUUGAAAUAAUGCUGAAAGCCAAGCAGGCACGGAACUCGCAGUUUGAUUUCCUGCGCUUUGAUCACUACCUCAACCCCUACUACAAAUUCAUCCAGAAAGCUAUGAAGGAGGGGCGGUACACAGUGCUGGCAGAGAACAAAAGUGAAGAGAAAAAGAAGUCAGGCACAAACUCUGACAAUGAAGAUGAGGAUGAUGAGGAAGAUGGGAGCUACCUACACCCGUCUCUCUUCGCCUCCAAGAAGAGCAGCCGCCUGGAAGAGCUGAUGAAGCCCUUGAAGGUGGUGGACCCGGAUCACCCCCUGGCAGCCCUGGUYCGUAAAGCACAGGCUGACAGCUCUGCCCCAACCCCAGCUGCAGACGGGGCGCCUGUGCAGCCCUCCCAGGUGGAGUACACGGCAGACUCACCCGUGGCAGCCAUGUACUACAGCUACUACAUGUUGCCCGACGGAACCUACUGCCUGGCACCACCCCCUCCAGGGAUCGACGUGGCCACUUACUAUAGCACCCUUCCUGCUGGGGUGACUGUGUCCAGCUCUCCCAGUGUGACGACAGCUGCCCCGCCGCCUCCUGGGACCACACCACCACCUCCCCCAACCACAACCGAAGCGAGCAGCGGCACCUCCUCCUCCACCACCACAAGUGCACUUGCUCCCGUGGCCGCCAUCAUCCCCCCACCCCCCGACAUUCAGCCUGUGAUUGACAAGCUGGCGGAGUACGUGGCUAGGAAUGGCCUUAAAUUUGAGACCAGCGUUCGUGCCAAGAAUGACCAGAGAUUCGAGUUCCUGCAGCCAUGGCACCAAUACAAUGCCUACUAUGAGUUUAAGAAGCAGUUCUUCCUCCAGAAAGAAGGCAGUGAAGGCACACAGGCUGUGGCAGCCCCAGAAGAGGCCCCUGCAGAAUCCGCUCCUGAAAAGCCAGGCGAGACUGGGGAGGUUGGCGUGCCCGAGGACACAGGCGAGGCAGGGGGUCGAAGCUCAGGCGGGAAGAAGGAAGCUUCGUCCAGUAAGAGCGCUGCGGACGGGAAGCUGGUAAAAGCUUCAUUUGCUCCAAUAAGCUUUGCAAUCAAGGCCAAAGAAAAUGAUCUACUUCCCUUGGAAAAAAACCGAGUUAAGCUAGAUGAUGACAGUGACGAUGAUGAUGAAGAAAGCAAAGAAGGCCAAGAAAGUGCUAGUAGUGCCGCCAACGCUAGCCCGGCCACAGCCCCGCCUUGUGUAGUUGUCGAGGAAAAGAAGCCCCCGCUUACCCAGGAGGAGCUAGAAGCAAAGCAAGCAAAGCAGAAGCUGGAGGACCGCCUUGCUGCUGCUGCCCGGGAAAAACUGGCCCAGGCAUCCAAGGAGUCGAAGGAGAAGCAGCUUCAGGCAGAACGAAAAAGGAAAGCAGCCUUAUUUUUGCAAACUUUAAAAAAUCCUCUGCCRGAAGCAGACGUUGGAAAGAUUGAGGAGAGUCCUUUCAGUGUAGAGGAAGCCAGUGCUGUGCCCUGUCCUGUACUGACUGGAGGCAGACCUCUGCCUACUUUAGAAGUGAAGCCACCAGAAAGGCCUUCAAGCAAAAGCAGAGAUMCACCGAGAGAAGAAGAAAGAGAAAAGAAAAAGAAAAAGCACAAAAAACGGUCUCGAACUAGGUCACGCUCUCCCAAGUAUCAUGCAUCUUCCAAGUCCAGGUCUAGGUCACACUCAAAAGCCAAGCACGCGCUUCCCAGUGCCUACCGGACAGUGCGGCGGUCGAGGUCACGCUCCCGGUCCCCUCGGAGGAGAGCUCACUCCCCUGAGAGACGGCGGGAAGACAGGAGCGUCCCUACUGCCUACCGCAUGAGCAGCAGCCCCGGAGCCAGCAGGAAGCGAACUCGCUCCAGAAGUCCCCAUGAGAAGAAGAAGAAGAGGCGGUCGCAGUCACGGACCAAGGCUAAGGCGCGGUCACAGUCAGCGUCCCCGAGUAAGCAGGCGGCACUACGGCCUGCAGCCCACUCAGCACACUCGGCCAGCAUCUCUCCUGUGGAGAGCCGGGGCUCCAGCCAGGAGCGCUCCAGGGGCGUUUCUCAGGAAAAGGACGGUCAGAUCUCUUCGGCAAUCGUUUCUUCAGUGCAGAGCAAAAUAACUCAGGAUCUCAUGGCCAAAGUCAGAGCAAUGCUCGCAGCUUCCAAAAACCUGCAAACCAGCGCCUCCUGAGGCAGCGGCCGUGGAGCCAGCCUGCCGCACGACCCGGAGCCCUGUGUGGCCCGCAGCUCGGAGCCACCGCCGCGGAAGUCGGAGUGGAAGAGCUUGCUGCUGGCAGGCCCGGGGCAGAACCGUCCAGGCUCACCGCCCAGGACUCUGGGGACAGUUGGUGGCUUUUGUAAAUUAAUUUUUGAUGACAUUUUCAGUUUAAGAUUUUUGACCAGCAGUCUCUUACUUGUAUAUUUGUAAAUAAUAUCAUGUUUCUGUGAAAAUGUAUUAUCAAAUAAAAUGGAAGAAACACCUUUUCUA